AUGAAAAAUCAAAGGACAGAAUUGAAAAAUUCAAUUGUUAUCGAUAAUGAUAAUUAUUUACCGAAUACGGUGAAAAGGUCAUCGGGAGAAAAUUUCCAACGGAGCAGGGAAUUAGAAAAAAAUGAUAAACGAAUGAUAGAAAACGAUUUCGAGACGAAAAAUAUCGAAGAUUGCUCCGAUAAAUCUCGAUAUCGUAUCGAAUUCGAUAUGUUACCCGAAAGACUAGAUUUAAAAACGAAUGAGAAAAAAUACGCAAGAGAAUAUUUUUCUCCGAUGACAUCAAAUUCGGAAAAUUUUAAAUUAUCCGCGAGGAAAAAAAAUUCAUGCGAACGCGGGGAAAAUUUAAAUGAAAAAAAUAAUUACGUGACGUUACCGGAGAGUGACGUGGAACCCGCGAACGAAUGGUUGGAUGCUUCGCAAGAUGUAACAAAUACGAACGUCCCGUCGGAAUUUAAACCGAGACCUAAACUGAAAUUAAAAAUCUAUCAUUUGCACGCUAGAAAAAGAUUAACGUCACCCAUUUGUUUUCUUUUUGAACACAAUAGAUGA